AUGGAACCUUUUCAAGAGGAAAUUUUGGAUGAUCCAAUAUGCCCCAUAUGUCAGUCAGAAAAUGAGACAGUCAUGCAUCUCCUAUGGAAGUGCCUGGCAGCCAAUGAUGUAUGGUCAAGAAUGACAAGUCCUCUGCAGAAGUGGCAAGUAGCAGAAGAUGACCUCCUAAGUUUGUGGGGUAGGAUGAAAGAAAAACUUACAGGAACUGAGUUGGAGUUGACAGCAGCAACUAUGAGGGCCCUAUGGCUGAGGAGAAACGAGUCAAUUUUUGAAAAUAAGUUUAGAAACCCCAUGGGUGUGAUUAGAUCUUCAAUGGAAACACUACAGGAGUAUCAAGCUGCAAACCAGUUGCUAAAGAGGGGCAAUAGUACAGUUUCGGGUGCAAGGCAGGGUCAGAACUGGGAGGUGCCAAGGGAGAAUUAUGUCAAAACUAACUGGGAUGCAGCAGUCGAUUUGAGAAAUAAGAAAGUUGGUUUUGGGAUAAUUAUUAGAGAUGAAAAGGGGGAAGUUCUAGCAGCAACAUGUGCAGAGGGAGUUUUUUCAUCAACCAGCAACAGUCGAAAGUCUAGCAUUAAGGAGGGCAGUAGAGAUUUGUACAGACCUGAAUUUUACAAAAGUAAUAUUGGAGGGAGAUGUGAAACUGAUUAUAGAUGCAGUUAA